ACUUUCAUCGCUCUGGACGUGUGCACAAAACAGCUUGCAGAAGUGGGUAGCGUAAAUGUCCCGCUCACCGUGUCGAGAAUUCGUUCGCAGCGUUUUGGUAGUGUUCAAGUAUCUGCCCAGUAUAUUUUCGUCUACCGGGCUAUCUUGGAUUUUGCCGUCUCCAAGGCUCUUCUUACGGAGAGUGAAUGUGAGGACGCCAAAGAGCGACUUCUGCCAAGACCUCUCCCACCCACAGGCGAGGGUAUUUUUGACAACCUCGAUGCUCGAAUUCUGUCGGCACUUUCGUCUGAUCCUGCUCAGCUGGAAUCUCUG